AUGGCUGACGCUGCUGUCGUUGCUGCCCCCGCAAAGGUGUCGCCCAAGAAGGCAUCCCCAAGGAAGGCCGCCAAGAAGAGUGUGAGGAAGCCGGCCGCCAAGAAGCCUGUGGCGAAGAAGGCAGCCAAGAAGGCCGUUGCCAAGAAGCCGGCGGCGAAGAAAGCAGCUCUGAAGAAGGUGGCGAAGAAGGCAGCCAAGAAGCCGGCGGCGAAAAAGGCGUCCCCCAAGAAGGCGGCAAGGAAAGCCGUUGCCAAGAAGCCGGCGGCGAAGAAGGCAGCUCUGAAGAAGGUGGCGAAGAAGGCACCCAAGAAAAAGUAG